GCGUGGCCAUAGUGGGAUUCGUAAUUUUGCGGCCGGGCGGUCAGUUACAGCCAUCACCUUACGUUAGCUUUUCUCUGCCGUGCAAAAAUACUUUCUAGCCUCCGCAAGUCAUCUGGACACUAACAAACUAUGGAUGAAUAUAUAAGGGCUUAUCCGGGUAUGGAUCCUACAACAAUUGCAGUAUUAAAAGCUGCUAGUAUAAGUGCAGACAUGCUUCCCAGUCUCUCCAAGGAGGACUUGCGUGAUCUCUUUCCGGGGCCUGAGCACUUCUUCAGAAGGAGAGACAUUUGGAGAAUUACACAUGAUGAAAAUGAGGGUGAAGAGUCAGGUCAGCUUAGACCAGGCAACUCCUCUGGAACCUGUAAUGCCAACACGGUUCCCUCAAUCUCAACCCCAUUGUCCUCCCCAUCCUCCUCCUCUACCCCUCUCCUCUCUUCAAACCCAAGAAACCAACAUGGUACCAGCAGAACCGUACAACUUGUUAGCCCACAGUAUGUUGUAUACACAGACACAGAGCUGGAGCAGUCAAAAAGCAUAUUUUUUGAGAAACAGCGGGCUGGACAAGAAGGAGACUAUACACUCUCCAAAGAUCUUCGUUGUCGCCUGAUAAGGAAUACGGUAACAAGCAUGAUUGCCAUCAAGAGAGCUGCAAGGGAUGAGUUCCAGUAUCCAUGCAGCCGUGAACUGACUGUAAUGGCUAAGCGUCUCAUAGAGUACUACCCAAUGCUGCGGGACAAAUCUGCAGCCGGUGGAGCUGAGUGGGAAUCUGUGAAAAAGCAGCUUUUGAAAAGGGUCCAGAAUGUGACAACCCCCAAAAAGAAGCAGGGAGCGACUCCUUCGAGAAAGAGGCGUCGGGCCCUUAGCUUUGAGAGCAGCAGCAGCAGCCAGGAGACACUUACUGAUGACUCUGGGUCCACUGCUUCAACUUUGAUCUUGGAAAGAUCACCACAAUCAAGAUGCAGUUCCCUGGAGGCUGAACAGGUGGAUGGAUCUGAAACUACUGAUAGCCCACAGAACCAGGCAAGGCAUUACAAAAUUCUUCAGGAGCUGUACAAAUCCAAGCCCAGACCCAAUAAGAAGGAUGUUGCCCAGCUGUUGGACCUUGAAUACCAAGCAAGACGGGCAUACAUUGACUCUGAUGUUCUUAAGGAGCAGGACAGGCCUGCCGAGAUUCUUCAAGCAUAUCCCUGCUUCAGAGAACUGGAUCAUAUAAUGGAUGAACUCCGGAGGAUCCUCGAUCAGGAAAACUCUCACUACAUACCUGAACUAAAGAACCGUUGGGAAACCUUUUAUGAGAAGGCACAGUUUUAUGGAGUUUUUAAAAAAGUAAUGAGGCCUCCGUUGUCUGAUAAAGUAAAGCAAUCUGUUGCCGUGAUUAAGGCUUUGCCAGACCUGUUCCCAUCACCUGUGGCUCCACACAAGAAGUUAGGACAUGCAAGUGCAGCUAUGCUUCACAUCCUUAAGUCAGCAGAAGACCCCAACACCUUUCUUCAGGCGAGACCACUCUCCAGCCCUGUUGUGAUUGUCUGUGAAACCAACUGCAUACUGGCCAUUGGAACCAUGCCUGUGUUGAUCUUCCCAAAGGAGGACCUCUCUGUCAGUGUGAUGUACAUCCUUGCAUGUUACUACACCUUUCAUCUUACAUAUCCCAAGUGUAUUGCCACACUCCUCUCUGUGCUGCAGACAGAAGUCCUCAUGGACUCCAUCCAUGACCAAGACAUGACUUCGUCAUAUAAAAAAGCUAUGGCUGAGUGGAAGAAGUUCAUUACUGAAUAGGCCUGGACAUUAAUAAUGUGUGUUUUGGAGGAGCUGUUGUUUUUUCAGCCUCUUGGAAAGUCAGACACGUUGUUUGUCAGAUGCUUAUAGUUUAAUUUUGCCCAUUCAGCUUUUCAGCCUUGACCAGUGGUCUUCAUGUAUACUCUGCUGAAGUGCACAUACACACACACACACACACACACACACACAGGACAUCCAUCCAUGACCGAGAUAUGACUUUGUCAUAUAAAAAAGCUAUGGCUGAGUGGAAGAAGUUCAUUACUGAAUAGGCCUGGACAUUAAUAAUAUGCCCCGAUACACGUGUGUUUUGGAGGAGCUGUUGUUUUUUCAUCCUCUUGGAAAGUCAGACAGUUCUAUCAGAAAGUUGUUCUGUCAGAUGCUUAUAGUUUAAUUUUGCCCAUUCAGCUUUUCAGCCUUGACUUGACUUCAUGUAUGCUCUGCUGACG